AUCCUGCCUAAACAAUACAGGACAAACCUCUGGAGACAGAGCCGCAUUAUUAGGUCAUAUUGUAGGAAUGUUUAAUUCCUCUACUUGAACACUUGUUUUGUUUGUUUUUUCCUAAAACGAAUCCCGUUGGAUCGAGUCCUAUUAAAAGUGGACAUUAGACAUUAGAGCAGUAAAACGACGGUAAAUGUCUGCAAGCUGCUGCCUAGCGGAGCUAGCUUAGCGGACGCGAUAACAAGUUGUUCACAGAGGAGAUGUUUUGGGAGGUUAACGCAAUGCCAGUGAGUUACUGAAGACUGAGAUCCGGGACAAUAUUGCCACGGCGGGCAACCACCAAAGCCCGAUGUGUUUACACCCGUUUGCUGCGUUGCGUGGUUGAAAUCCGGGCCAAGCGAGACAGCGGCAGCUUAGCAGCGACACGAACAACGCACCGCCACCAAACUGGACAAAACAUUGGAUUUAGUCGGCUUUAACUCGGGCUCGGCGGGUUCGCUGACGCCUCAGAAGAAGAUGAAGAAGAGGAAGGAGCUGAACGCCCUGAUCGGCCUGGGGGACAGCAAGAGGAAGAAGACCAAGAAGGGCUCCGGGCACCGGCUGCUGCGGACCGAGCCGCCGGGCUCGGAGUCGGACUCCAGCUCGGAGGAGGACGACUUCAACUCCCUGAACAGCGGGGCAACCUUCGGGAAAAGAAGCUACACACAGUGCUGCAAUGUGUGCUACCCCUUGUUUCUGUUCAUCAUCCUGGCUGCUUGUGUGAUGGCCUGUGCUGGACUCAUAUGGAUGCAGAUUGCUCUGAAAGAGGAUCUAGACUCACUGAAAGAAAAACUGCACAGCAUGGAAUCUAGCCAGAAAGCGUCAUCAAGUGAAAUACCAAAAUUAAGCGAGGAUUUGAAGAGCAAGGACAGGAAGCUUGAUGACAUCGAGAAUGGGGACAAGGGGUUGAGCAAACUUUGGUCUAACCUAACAGAAAUGAACCGAAAGAUCAGUUUGUUGGACUCUGCUGUUAACCAUUUAAAAACCAGCUUGAAAUCAGCUGCUGAUUUAAUCAGUCUUCCAACAACUGUUGAAGAGCUUCAAAAGAGUGUUGCAACAAUUGGCAGCACCCUAACAAGUGUACAACACGAUGUGAAGACUAUGCAAGCUGCUGUAGAAAAUCAGAAGAAAGAUGUCGACACGAAGAAGAUGACGGACAUAACAGAUCUUCGAAAAGCCAUGGGAGACGUCAACAAGACAGAGGAGCAGCACCACACAUGGACUGAUGAGCAGAUCCACAUCCUUCUCUCUACUGUUGCAGAUCUUCAUCAGAGAGUGGCCUCACUGGAGAAUGGGUCAAAACACACUUCACAGAAAAAUGAUGAAGCCCCACUGGAAAUCGGCAGCCAGCAACCAGUAACUGCAAUAAUCAAAGAAGAUACUUCAAACAAAGCAGCACCGGGAGAUGUGACGGAGUUGUCCACACCACUGACAGAGCCACAUGGAAGCAGACGCCCUCGCUUUGCAUCUCUAAACCGGUAUCGGUGGAUCGCUGGCAUGAAAUGUCCGAAAAGGGUCUCCCUGCCUGGUGUCAGUUCUCUGAAAGAUAUAGACGACAUAUUCCAGCGGGCCGGUGUUGGGCGUGAUUCAUUUGCACUUACCUACCAACACCUGAAGGAAGUUUUUGGAACAUCAGCUCCCAGCAAACUCACCAUGCAGUGCUUUGAUGAUGAUGGGGACCAAACAUACUCCUUGACGGAGCUGAGAGUUGCUGUAGGUUUGUGAAUAUACCAUCUGACAGCAGUGAACAGUAUUGAAUUCCCAAUAAGGUUUGGGUUCCUCGACUCGUCUGUAAUUGCUGCACUUUUUGUGAACUGAAUAUUUAUCCUACUGAUGGUGGAAUAAGUGGCACUGGUGUGCCCCUUCUCACUCCCCCUUUCCCAGGCCCAUUUCACCGUAACAUCAGCCACAUAGCAUUGUUAAAAUUUUUAACAGUAAACAGUAAUAUAUGAUAAACUGUAUGUAAAAUGUGUACCUACCUAUUCCUUUUGCCAUUUCCUUGGUUUAUAUUAGUAAACCAUGGAUAAUGAGUGCUGUGUAUUAUUUUGAGUUCCAUCUUCCACCAUCAAUAUUUGACUUGCUGUGUUUAUGUAUUUGUCUUUAUUUUCUUUUUUGGGAUACCUUUGUCACCUUGAUGUUAUAAUUUUACUGUUUUAGGCAACAACCGUCUGUCUGUUGUAAAUGUACCCACCUGUCCACACAAAUACCAGGUACAACUCACUUAUUUAUAGGGACUGUAGAUACAAUUUUAUGAAUGUUUACAAAUGACUACUAGAAAUAUAGUUUUUGUCAGGUUUUGGUUGUGUUUUUAGACAGUUUCCUAAUUUAUCUUAAACAUGAGUGUAAGAGAUGCGUCUUUUGUAUACUCUUUUCUAAGCUAAAACUCAAGCUUCAUUUCUGUUCUCUUUACUACUUUGACUUACGAUCAGGAUCAUGUUAGUUCAUCCGUGCGUUUCCCUGUAGUUCUUUUUUUGUCCCCCAUUUAUCAAUAUUUUGAAAAUUUGAAGGGCUAUGAACAUUUUGAAUCUGAAUUUUGAAGUGAUUAUUCAUGAGGCAUGUAUAGCAAUAAUGAAAUGGUUAAAAGAUUUACCUUUUUUUCCUUGAGAAUUGCAGUGGAUAGAAGGCACAACUUGCUCACAAUAUCUAACAGGUAGUAUAAGAAGCACUGACUAUCACUUUUUACUUGAUUAAUUUUACUGGCCAAUUAAUGGUAUAGUUUAUGAAAAUAAAAAUAAUUCAGACUUAAAUGUACUCUGUAAAAGUGUAUUUGCAACCAUUUAUCUUUUGAAAAGGGGGAGUUAUUCAAUCUCAUUUUCUUCCCUUUAAUUGUGCUUUGCAUGUUGCUUUUCAUGUAACAUGAACAAAUUAUUUAUAAACUUAACAGUCGACUGCUUGUUUUUGCAGGACAAUGGUUAAUCAAGUUUAAAAAAUGUAAUGGUUUUGGCCAUGAUAUUUUGGGUCCAUGCUGCUACUGUACAUGGAAGAUUUUAUGAAUGUUUUCAUCUGAGCACCAAUGAAUAAAGACAAAGGUUUUAUUUGUG